AUGACAAGCAAUACCGCAGCGGCCGAAUUGGAAGCUAUUACGGCUGUGGAAAAGGAAUUGGAUAGGGUAAUAAAUAAAUUCUCAGAGAUAAGAGAAAAUGCAGCAGCCGAAAUCAAUGACGUUGCUUCAUUGCUGGAGGAGUUGCUGCAGGUAUUGGCGCGGGCGGAACAAGAAAUGACGGGCACCAUUAACACUGGCACCCAGGUGGAUGCUGAUGAUCACAUGACCGAUGAGGCGGAAAUGUUGGUUGAAAUGGAACCCUCAACUCCCCGCCUGACAGACAGCCAAAUUGCAAUCAUCACCGAGGCAUUACAAAAAACCAAUGAAAAAUUACAACGCCUCUCCAGUGAACAUCGCGAACUGCAUGGUGCCGUCUCCAAAGUUGGCAAAGUAAUUGAUCGCAAUUUCAUUUCGGAUUUUACGGCCACCACUCGUACAGAUGCCCUACAGGAUGAGGAAAAUAUCAUGCUGCUGAAUAAAGUUAUGGCGAAGCAUUAUUGCCGCCAGGGCAUGGAUGAUGUCGCCCAGCUGCUAAUUAAAGAAUCAAAAAUGCCCGAUGAUAUGGCCCGUGAAGUAUUUGAAUCGGAACGUGGUUUUGCCGAAAUCUUUCGCAUCUGGAAGGCCAUACAACAGCAUGAUUUAAGUUUGGCCCUUGAAUGGACAUCGCGCUACUCCAAUGAAUUGAUUGCCAAAAAUUCAACAUUGGAAUUUAAGCUGCAUCGUUUGGCAUUUUUGCAAAUUAUCUCCAAGGGUAUAACGGCUCAGCAUGAGGCAAUUGCCUAUGCACGAAAUAAUUUCCAUAAAUUCAUUGAUCGUUUCGAACAGGAAAUACCCAAUUUAAUGGGUUGUUUCAUUUAUCUACCAUCGGGCAUUGAAAAUUCCCCCUAUAAACAUUUGAUAUCACCGGAAAUGUGGACUGAAGCUUCGUAUAUAUUUUUAAAAGAUGCCUGCCAUACAUUAGGUAUAAGUAAGAACUCCGCACUGUCGGUGGUUAUAAAUGCCGGGUGUACAGCUCUGCCGGCAUUGUUGAACAUUAAACAGGUGAUGCAAUCCCGUCAAGUCCUCAACAUCUGGAGUGGCCGCGAUGAACUACCCAUUGAAAUAGAUCUGGAUCCCGAGUAUCGUUAUCAUUCGAUAUUUGCCUGUCCGAUUUUAAGGCAACAGACCACAGAAGAUAAUCCACCCAAAAAGUUAACCUGUGGCCAUGUCAUCUCCAAUGAUGCCCUACAUAAAUUAAGUAAUGGUCACAUAUUGAAAUGUCCCUAUUGUCCAGUUGAACAAAAUGCCGAGGAGGCAGUGAGGAUUUAUUUCUAAA